AUGACGGUAUUAGGAGAGCAUCUAGUGAGCUGGUCCAAGACUGGAAUUAUCGCUUACAGUGACUCACAAUCGCAGGAUGCCAAUAUCUGCUUGACAUUUUUAGAAUCCAUUAAUGGGAUUAAUUGGCGAUUUCAUACUCCACAAAGAUACGUCUUACACCCACAAUUACACGAAGUUCAAUACCUUGAAAAUGGCAGUGCUUCAAGUGGGCACUCGACAACUGCUUCUGUGAACGGAUCAACUACAGCCGGUGUAGGAAGUACUCCGACUGUUGGAAGCAGCAGCAAUAAAUCCACUCCACAGUUUUUCUAUAACAUAUCAUCCAUUCACUGGAACAACUGGUUUAGUUUACCAGGAGAUAUGUUAGCUGUUUGUGAUGAAUUAGGUAAUAUGACUAUGUUAAUUACUGGGCAACGACCUGAUCGUGCCACCACAUAUGAAAAACUAACAAUGGUAUUCCAGGAUAAUGUAUAUAAAAUUUACAAUCAUGUUAUGCCAUUGAAACCCGUUGACAAGCUAAAACCUAUGAACAUUGAAAGAAAGCAAACAAGAAAGGAAUACAAUACAUCCAUCCUUGAGUUCCACUGGCUGACAUCCUCUAAAUCCGUAAUUGUUUCCCAAUUUUGUGCAUUUGAUAGUAGUUCCAACACAUACAGAAGUAGAGCCCAGCAAGUUCCUCCAUACGGUGUAUUUCAUCCCCCAUUUAUAAAAUAUGCAUGCUUGGCAAUUAGAAAAAAUGGUCAAAUCGAUUUUUGGUACCAAUUCUCAAACUCAAAGGAUCAUAAAAAGAUAACGUUACAAUUGUUGAACGCAUUAAAUGAAAGAUCUAAGGAUCUUCAGUGGCUUGAACAUGCUAAAAUAACGCCUAUGAAUGACGAUCAAUGUAUGUUGAUAACUACAUACUCAAAACUGUCAAAGAAUGUUUCUUUCUACAAGCUACAUGUUAACUGGAACCUUACCACUGCCAAACCAAACGUCUUGAACGAUCCAUCUUUAAAGAUACAGUACAUUUUGAGUACUACUCUAGAUCCAACGGAUGGUGAAGGUCAUGUGUUGAAGUUAACAAACUUGCAUAUCGUGUCUAAAUCCUCGAUCGAAAAAGAUCCAUCGCCAGAAAUUCUUAUUUUGUACAAUGUGUGCGAAACAUCAAAAUCAUUAGUGAAAAGAUACCGAUUGGCCCAAACACAACUUCYGGCCGAAUAUUUAGCAAUAUUGAAACCAGACUUAAACAUCGAUCGAAACAAUUCUACAAGCCAAAUAUUUCAAUCACGCCGUUAUAAUCUUCGUCAGCACACUGAUAUAGUCCUUGACAAAAAGGUUAUCUUAAUAACUUCUGAAAUGUUUGAUGGAUUCGUUUCGUUUUAUUUUGAAGAUGGUACCAUUGAAUCCUAUAAUCAAAAUGAUUGGAAAUUGGAAACUGAACGACUUAUAAAUCAAAACCAAUUGGGAAAAUUCAAGAAUAUUAUUGCAUCUCCAUUAAGCGCCGGGUUUAAUUAUGAAAAGCUUCCUUUACCACCUUCACUCGAGUGGAUGAAAGUUUCACCCUCUAUGUGUGGGGUUAUUAUCAAACAAUACAACAAAAAACGGCCUGAGUUUUAUGCUGCAGCUCAAAGCAAUUAUACAGAUCCUGAGAAGGAUUCCAUAAACGCGACAUCGUUGGCAUUUGGAUAUGUAAAGAGUUUACACAAACAAAUAUCUGCCGAAGAUUUAACAAUUGCUGCAAAAACACAUAUACUCAAGAUUUCAUCUCUGGACAAGAACAGGGCCAAGGAAUUUAUUACAACAUUAUUAAAGAGCUUGUACGCUUUUUUCAACAUUUCUCCUGAUGCGCCAAAGGAAGUUAUGGAUAAAAUUAUUACAAGUAGACCACUACAAAAAAUUAUGCUAUUGCAGCUAGAACUUGGAAGUUGCUUUUCGCACGAUAACAUUGAACAAAUGGCAAGAGUUAUCCUCUAUUUGAAAAAUGUUUUGUUCGCAUUUAACGGUGUAGCGAGGAAUUUUCAUUUUGCCAUUGAACAAAUAAGCAAUAACUCUAACCAACAACAAAACCCGAAAUUAUUUCAAACCAUAUUUUCAAAACAGGACCUCAUCCAUUCGUUGAUUCCCGUUGCGAAAUGGUUUGUAAAGUUCGUUACUUAUCUGAUCCAAGAAAUUUUAAUUUUAAUUAACGAUCCCACAAAUGAAGACUAUACUCUUGUCCAUGGAAUAUUUGGGGCUAAGAUGUCGAGAACACUGAUACUAUCCAUCCUUAACGAAAUCAAGAAAGUCACCCAAAUAGUUGCAAAGUUUCCAGAAAAUUCAUACCCGAUUCUAAACGAAUCAUCUACUUUCUUAAAACUUGUUUUAUCAGAGUCACCGGUGGAUUUCGAAAAAUUUGAAACAUUUCUAGUCGAUGUAAACAACAAAUUUAUUGCCCUGUCUGAACAGCAACCAUCACAGGAAAGAGAGUUUUCACUUUUAGUAAAAGCCGAAAUCCCCCCUGAAUUUGCCAAAGUGGGAGAUUUCCUUUUGCAGUACGCAAAUAAUGCAGUCAUUUCUCACGCCAAUGCGGCUGCAGUGUAUUUUGCAGAUACCAGUGGUUUAAAGAUAUCCAAUACAGAGUUUUUCAAUCCUGAAAUAUUCCAUCUUUUGCAACCCUUGGAGAAGGGACUGAUUAUUGAUACUGAUGAACUACCUAAAAACUGUAGAAGCUCUAGAUCUUUCAGCAAACUACUGUAUGACGACGUAACCUGCGACCAAUUGAGUACGUCAGAAAUAAAUGACGGAAAGCUGAAGAGAUGUAGCAGGUGCGGGUCCGUGACAAGGGCAGGUAAUGUAAUAUCGGGUGACAAGACAAUUGUCCCAACCAGCAUACAGACCAAAAGAUGGCCAACCAUGUACACAAGGUUGUGCAUAUGUUCAGGAAUGCUAUUCGAGAUGGAGGCCUGA